AACUCCCCCAGUUUUUUCCCCUUUUGCAGUCCGGUCCUUCCCAAGCCCCACCCCAGGCGACUCGAUUUACAUCCAGGUCCACGUCGCCGGCGCGGCCAUGGCGUUCACCUUCCUGCUAGGUUUCCUCCUCGGCGCCCUAGCACUGGCCGCCCUCGAGGCGGCUGCGGCCCUGCUCCUAGUUCGCCGCCUCCGCCGCAGGCAGGCAGCGGCGGCGGAGGCGGCGGGUGCGCCGGCCGCCGACGAACUGCCCGGGGAACGCCCGUUCCCCUACGAGAAGCAGGGUUCUCUGUGGAUACUGGAGCCAGAGAAGGUACCAAAAGUUAGUAAUGAACGCUUAUCAGUCGGAGGUCCCAAAGAGAUGAAAGACAAAAAGAAUAUUGUGGAGGUUUUCCCUGCAAAGAAGAUGGCUAAAAUCAAGGGGCAUUUCCUUUGCUUGUCUGGUCCCGAUGGCUCCCAGGCAACCAUUGAUCUUCUGAAUUGCAUGGUCCUUUCAGUUUCUGCAUCAAGUAUGCCCUCACGCAAAUGGGCUAAGAGGUAUCCAAUAAAAUUAGAAAGCAAGGACUAUGAGAUUUAUAAUGGAAGCAAGGUGUGCUAUCUUUAUACAGACACUUCCUGGGAGAAGGAAUCAUGGUGUAAAGCUCUUCGUAUUGCUGCUACUGCUGACAAGGAAAAGUUAAAUUGGCAUGCCAAGCUGAGUGAAGAGUUCCUUAAUUACAUAUCAUCGCUGAAUUCUGAAUACCCAUGUUUCCUAAAGCCCCCAGUACUCUCUGGUGAGGAUCACGAGGUUAUGGACAGGACAUCAAAGACCGAUGGAUCUUCAAAAGUCCGUCUUUUCCUGAAGAAGCUGGCAAAGAAGGCAUCUGCAAAGGCUCCAUUAGAGGGCAAAACAAGUUCAGGAUCAUCGGUGCAGGGGGAAAAAAAGAUACUUGACAAAUUGCGCAGCUAUCAAGGUGCACCAUUUAUUGAAGCAUUAAUAGGUCCACAAGAGGAUAAGCUCGGUAGCAGUUCAGUGCAAGAUACGGUGAAAGCAACUGUCCCAGCUGCUGCAUUGAAUCAAAAUGGACAGCUUUCAGUUUCACCUGAUGUGAAUGCGGAUGAUCGAGUUGCUGAUGAAGGUACACUUUGUUGGAACCUCCUGUCAUCGCGAUUGUUUUUCGAUGCUAAAAUGAGUGAUGAGAUAAACAAGGCCAUCAAAGCACGCAUUCAGAGGACUUUGUCAAAUAUGAGGACCCCAUCUUAUGUGGGUGAAAUUAUACUUACUGACUUCAGCCUUGGGGAACUUCCACCUUAUGUACAUGCAAUGAGAGUCCUUCCGCUGGAUCUGAAUGAGUUGUGGGCCUUUGAGGUUGACUUUGAGUAUUCAGGUGGAAUACUGCUGCACAUUGAAACAAGGCUUGAGGUUCAGGAACCAGAGUUGCAAAAGGACAUUAUGAAAAGUAAUUUUGGAGCAGAUGCCGAUGGAGAAGUUGAUUCUGAUCUUCUUGAAAGUAUUGAACAGUAUGGUAACCAACUUAAUGGUUCACAUACAGCAGCUUCUUUGGCUGGGGAAAAAGAUGAAGCAGCAGAUGCAUCAAGUCAGUUGAAGAGCACUGGAUGGACCUCAGCAUAUGUAUCAAGAUGGAAAAAUAUAUUGCAUUCGAUAGCUGAUCAUGUCUCGCAGGUUCCACUUUCUCUGGCGAUUAGGAUUUCAUCUGUUCGAGGUACCUUGCGGAUACAUCUGAAGCCCCCUCCUUCUGAUCAAAUUUGGUUUGGAUUUACAUCAAUGCCUGAUCUAGAAUGGGACUUGGAAUCUUCUGUUGGGGAUAGGAAAAUUACCAACAGUCAUAUCGCUACACUUAUUGGUUACAGAUUCAAGGCUUCACUUCGUGAUAGCUUAGUACUUCCAAAUUGUGAAAGCAUCUCCAUGCCGUGGAUGUUGGCAGAAAAGGAUGACUGGGUCCCUCGCAAGGAUGCUCCUUUUAUUUGGCUAAAUCAUGAUACCACUGAGAUAAGAAGCCAUGCUACAGCUACAGCAUCAACUCAGCCUGAGGAAAGUGGCCUAAAGGAUGAUGGUAGUAGCAAAAGGGCAAUGCCGAGUUUACCCAUUUUGUCAGCUGGGAGUGAGGAACCACUGAAAGCAGUGGCAUCCAUUGAUGAGGCAAAACAAGAGCCCGGGUCAGAAGCAUCAUUGCACACCCAGUCUUCCUCGGGUCCAGCUGGUGAAUCUGUCCAUAGCGAUGACCCUGAUGAGUUGAGGAGGCCUCUGCUGAUCACAGAAAAGCUUCAGGAAGAUGCUUCAGAAAGCAGAGUUGGAUCUCCCAUGCACACAUCUCUGAGGGCGGUGAUACCAGUGGGGGAGCAGCCACAGGCAUCAGCAUCCUCCAUUGGAGAGGACGCGAAGAGAAAAAGCGGGAGGCGAGCUCGGAUGAUGGAUUUCGGGAAGAGGAUGGGAGAUAAACUGGAGGAGAAGAGGCGGACCAUCGAAGAGAAGGGGAGGCAUAUCGUGGAAAAGAUGCGAGAGAAUGCUAGGACCAACAGCUUGGAAAGGACUAGUAGCUAGCGAGGAUGUAGGAUCCACAGCUUGUUUCAUUGAUUGGGAAACGGUGUAUAGGCUGAACUUGCGUGCUUUAUUUGUAGAGUGGUAGCUGCUACUUCUGCAACAUUCACGAUUCCACGAUUGCUGACGCGUGUGAUGGCAAAUAUGCAUGGAUGGAUGACCGAUGUACUUGAAGUUGCAUGUGUGUAGCAGCUUGGGGAAUACUAUGAAAACGCAGGCAUCAAGGGAUAGGUUGCUUGCAGGUGACAUUACUAUCUA